CCACGUGCCUCGCUGCUACACCAAAAAAACACACAAAAACAACAAUGAAAGUACUGAUUGUGCUGUCUGCUGCGCUAGCGCUUGCCGCUGCUCUUCCUCAGAGAAAAUUGUCCCUGAAGCCUGAAGAUGACCAAACGACGGCUGAGCAAAAUUACAAUAACUAUCAACCACAGACAGAUUACAGACAACCUCCUCAGGACUUAAGGCCUAGAGUACAGAUCGACACUACUACCGUCAUUCCCAUCAUCAGCUUUGACAAAGUACAGGGUACCGAUGGCAGCUACCAAACUUCGUAUGAAACCGGCAAUAACAUCCAUGCUCAAGAAAAUGGUUACGUGAGGAAUGUGAAAAACAGCGAAAACGAAGAUAUUCCAACUCUCGUACAAGAAGGCUCCUACAGCUACACUGCCCCCGACGGUCAAGUCAUCACCGUCGAAUACACCGCUGAUGAGUUUGGUUUCAGAGUCAAGGGAGACCAUAUCCCAACCCCACCUCCCCUAUCCCCUGAAAUUCAAAAGAGUCUUGACCUCAUCUACGCUGGAAUCAAGGCUAAUGCGGAACGUACUGCUCUGGAAGCCAAUAACCCUGAGGCAGCUAAACUAAACGAAGCGAGAGCAUCUCAGAACUACAAAGGUCAAUACUACCAACAGUAAACUUAGCAGUGAAAACUCUCUGUGAAUUGAGUGACUAUAACCAUUCCAUAAAGCAGUAAUAAUAGUGUCACGUUAUCAAUUGUGAUUAGUAAUAAUGCUCUGUGAGCAUGCCGAAAGUCAUUCGUUAUAGUUAAUAAAUACGGAACUGAAAAGUGCAUAUUAAAAAAAAAGGGCCAGAAUGCAAAACCUGUGUAUAAAGAGUGUAAAUUUUACAAAACUAGUUCUAAUUUGAUAUCAAGUAGACUGUCUUUAAUAAUGCCAUUUGACAUUUAUAAUGUUAACUUAAUUUUUAGGAUUUUAGAAUAUAGUCUCAAAAAUUGUCAAUCUGUCUUAAUUAUACUCGUAAAUAUA